UAAAACGCACACGCCACAACAAAGCCAAGCGGAGCGCGUUGAGAAGACGAGAUAGGUUGGUGUGGUGGUGAUGAACACAAACCGAAGCUGAGCUCUAUUGUAUAUCUAUAGCGUCACAUCACCUCGAGCGCUGCGUGUGGACUGUAAUUGCUGCGUUUUUCCUGCGCGUCCGUCCUUUCACCUCACUGAAACCCCACCGCAGCUGUCAGCCGAUUAGUGAGCACUUUUAUCGCGUUUCCCUUUUACUGUUGCCCGAAGCAGGAAUCGUCAGACCUCCUUUUUGGCUCUCUCCUUUACGACACCAUGGGGAAACAGAACAGUAAGCUGACCCCUGAGGUAAUGGAGGACCUGGUGAAGAACACAGAAUUUAACGAGCACGAACUCAAACAGUGGUACAAAGGCUUUCUGAAGGAUUGCCCCAGUGGCCGACUCAACCUGGAUGAGUUCCAGCAGCUUUAUGUUAAGUUUUUCCCCUAUGGUGAUGCCUCAAAGUUUGCUCAGCAUGCUUUCAGAACCUUUGACAAGAAUGGAGACGGCACCAUUGACUUCAGGGAGUUCAUCUGUGCACUGUCCAUUACAUCACGAGGCAGCUUUGAACAGAAACUCAACUGGGCAUUCAACAUGUAUGACCUGGAUGGAGACGGCAAAAUCACACGAGUUGAGAUGCUUGAGAUCAUCGAGGCAAUUUAUAAGAUGGUGGGGACAGUUAUCAUGAUGAAGAUGAAUGAGGAUGGUCUGACGCCCGAGCAACGAGUAGACAAAAUCUUCAGUAAGAUGGAUAAGAACAACGACGACCAGAUCACAUUGGAAGAGUUCAAAGAAGCAGCAAAGAGCGACCCGUCCAUUGUAUUACUUCUGCAGUGUGACCUGCAAAAAUGAGCGUCUCAGAAAAGAGCCAGGGACUGCACAAAUGAUUAAUGUUCCAUUCAGUUUGCAGCUAUUUCCACUGAAAAAAAAAUUGCUUGGACUACCUUUCAAUGACUUCGCUUCCUGUGUUUGAAACACUUGUAUGCAUGAGAAUGUUCUUUGCUGACAAAUUUCACAUAUGCACAAACACCUUCACACACACAAACACACACAUGAAUACAUGGUAAAAACAUACACAUACAGGCCAUGCCAUGCACAAAUAGAAUUAUAUGAAUAUUAAUUAUAUAUAUAUAUAUAUAUAUAUAUAUAUAUAUAUAUAUAUAUAUAUAUCGAGUUGUCAGAAUUAACUGCCAAAAUGUGAAAAGUGUGCAAAGUACCUUCUAUAUAGUCUGAAUCCACUGGAGCUUGCGCAUCAUUGAUGUGCUGUAUUGAAUUAAGCUACUAUUUAUUGUUCAAGUUUACUGAAGCUCACUAUGUGUACCAUAUACUGAGUAAUGUCAACCAGACAAUUCUUAUGGUAAUUGUAACUGUUUCAGAUUUACCCACUUGUCUGGAUGGACAAAAAGAUAAACUCUUGUCCAUCGACCUUUUCCCUCCUAAUGUGCAUGUACUGUUGGAGAAUAUGAUUGUAGUUAAUUUGCAUGCCAUUAGGUUUGCCUUAAGAGUACUUCCCUCAUUUGCAUCCUGCAUAAAUAAUGAUUACAAGCCUUAUUUCAAAAUAAGCUAUUGAAAUUGACAUGUACAACAGAACUGAAUGGAAAAUUGGUUGUGCAAAGAUCUUCAACUAUGCUCCAGACAGGUCUCCUAAGCAACCAAAUUGGCCCAGUUGCUAGGGAGGGUAGAGUCACAUGGGGUAACCUCCUUGUGGUCGCUAUAAUGUGGUUCGUUCUCGGUGGGGCACGUGAAGCCUCCACACGCACUAUGUCUCUGUGGCAAGGCGCUCAACAAGCCGUAAGAUGCGCGGGUUGGCGGUCUCAGACGCGGAGGCAGCUGAGAUUUGUCCUCGGCCACCCGGAUUGAGGCGAAUCACUACACGACCACGAGGACUUAAAAGUGCAUAGGGACUUGGGCAUUCCAAAUUGGGAGAAAAAGAAAAAAAAAAAGAUCUUCAACUAUGGUUAUGUCACACUGGACAUGCAUUUGUAAUCCAUCCAUUGAUGGGGAAAGGCUGUGGUUAGGGUGUUCCCCCUUCUAUGUCUAGCACGUACUUCACAUAAGGGGGACUGAAUGUGGCCGACUGAAAUCUGUGAGAACAAACCUAUUACUAAGACACUGUUUGAUCCUGAGUGAUUUUUAAAUAGACCAUAGUAUACAUUCAUAUUCAUUGUCACAAUAUUAUGCUAGUCAUAAAAAUGUAUUCCCAUAUUAAACCUACAAGCUGUGCAGUUCAGUUAGGCAUUUGAGAAUGUCAUCAAAUAAGUUGCAUAUCAGUUUGCUGAUUUAUGUGGGGCCCAAGCAAGGAAUUAAUUGAUGAACAUAAUUUUUUGUUGUGUUAAUAGGUUUAAAAUAAUUAAAAUAAUGAUCUUACCUCAAAAUUUUAUAUUUUUGAACUCCAAACUUAAUACUUUUUACACGCUGCUCUUAAAGGAGGACUUCAGCUGAGGGUUUGCGUUUAGGGCUCAGACUGGGCUAAGAAUAUCACUCUUUGAAUCCAGACAUUUGCACCAACUGCAUUUGGGCAUCGACUCUCAUUUCUAAAUAAUCACACUUCUGUGUUCCAUUUAAGAUUGCAUUCUGCCAGUGUUAAGAGCUUUACACAAACAUAAACUUUGCCAUUGUAAUGUUUACCUAUUUAGCCACCACACCAAAUUCAUGCAAUUUCCAGUUGAAGAGUUAUUUUGUACAUGUCGCAUGUAUUGUGCCCCUGAUGCAAUGGCUGCACUAUUCCUUGUGUUGUGGUUUAAACUAAUAAAAGAGUAUAUGGGAUGCUUU